UUCUCGUAUCAUCAUCAUGAAAGUUAGCGAUAGUUCCAGCUGUGGCCCUUCUGUAGUCAUACUCGCCCCUUCCUCUGUCGAGCAUUACCCCGCCUCGGGUGGUGAUGAAAAACAGGCGGGUAGUGAGGGGCAACGAAAGCCGAGGAGACGGGGUGGCCACAAAUCUGCGGGAAGACGUGCCCGCGAGCGCGCAAUGCAGUCACCGUUGAUGAGUGUGAUCACCAGUGUUGACGAUACUGAGCAAGUAAUCACUAACGAUGAAGAAGGAGAGGACGUCUAUCACAGCCGCAAGCCAAGACGACGCGGUGGCCGCAAAGCCACUACAAGGCGUCUCCGCGAGCGUGUGGAACGAUCGUUGCUCAUGACAUCGGUUGCCAGCAUCGACGACAUCUCAUGCGCUGAAUUAUUGAACGUGGGAUGUUCCGACCCGCAAAACAUGUAGCGCUAGCGCGAUUUGAUGCUGUACCUUUGUCUUGGUCGCAUCGCCUGUGUAUCCGACGAUGCUCGCCCAUGGUCCUGUCAUUGUUCAGCGGGGCUUCGAGAGAGACCGGAAAACAUGGGCGGAAGGCGACACGUCUUCCUACUCGUUAGACAAGCACAUCGCUGGCCAUGUCGUUGUUGUCGCUGCGGUACACAAGGUCCGAAGAAGAAGUAAGGAUGACCAUAGCGUCUCUCAAACAGGCUGGUGCAUAAACUUUAGACCGUUCGCUAGCAUUACAUGAAAGUCGAUUUCCUUCGCAGGGAUGUGGUAUCAGUGCAACUGCGGGAUGGUAGCCAUUGUACGUAGCUUGCUGUGGCCACAGUUUGCUGUGUUCAUGCCCGACGCGAACGACGUGAC